AUGGUUGGACUGGUGGCAGGAGCUCUUUCCAUCCUGUUCAUCAUAACUAUUGUUGGAUACAUUAUGAGGACAGAUGUUCUACCGAUAACUCCCUGGCUUGCACCCAUUGUCUGGGACGGCUUUUACAACAGAGACAUUCUGAACGCUCAAUACCACCAGGCUGGAGUCCGAAUUGGUCUUACGGUCUUUGCCAUUAAAAAAUAUGUUAUUUUUAUUAAAGAUUUUAUUGAAACGGCUGAGAAAUUCUUCAUGGUGGGACACAAGGUCAACUAUUACAUCUUCACCGAUCGUCCCAACGACAUUCCCAACUUCACUCUCGCAGAAGGCAGAUCUCUGUCUGUUCUUGAAGUCCCCGGAUACAAAAGAUGGCAAGAUGUAACCAUGAGGAGGAUGCAGAUGAUCAGAGAUCACACUCGCGAUCACUUUGUCAAUGAGGUAGACUACUUAGUGUGCAUCGACGUGGACAUGGUUUUUUCCGACCACAUUGGAGUGGAGAUCUUAGGCGAUGUGGUCGGAGUCAUCCAUCCUGGGUUCUUCGGAGCAUCUCGUGAAACUUAUACGCAUGAACGCCGACCAGAGUCUGCGGGCUACAUUGCUGUAGAUGAGGGGGACUUCUAUUACACGGGGUGUUUUUUUGGGGGUGCAGUAGAAGAGAUUUAUAAGUUGACUAAUUACACCCAUCAUGCUAUGUUGGCAGACAAAGCGAAAAACAUGGAGGCUCUCUGGCAUGACGAGAGCUAUUUAAACAAAUAUUUUCUUUCUCACAAACCGACCAAAGUCCUCUCUCCUGAGUAUGCGUGGAUGAAUUAUUCUGGCUCUCCAGUCGUCGUAAAGGUAAAAAGACUUAUCCAGGUCGACAAAGACUUCAAGGCCGUCUGAAGCAACUGACCAGCCUGGAUAAAAUACGUCUUUAGCCAAUAAUUUUCUUUAAUGUUAUAUUUUAAUUACAAAUAAUAUCUCUAAAAUUAAUAAAACAUACAGAACCCGAAACUUUAAAUGUGAUGUGAAUUGAAAUGAAAGCUUUUCUUUAAAAAAAAAAUCCAAUAAAAUGUUUUUACAAUGUGAAAUGAUUACAUUUAUUAAAUUACAUUUUAUUAUGUGAAGGACGGAUCUUCUAAUCAAAUAAAUAAAUGUACUUUAUUAUUAUUUGUGGAACUUCCAGAAAAUAAAAAAAAGGUGUUUUUCAACAAAAGUCAGUAAUUCCAACAAUAUACGAACAUCACUACGAUAUUGUUAAGCAGAAACAUACAAGUGAUAGAGAUGCAGACCUUUGU